AUGGCCGAAGAGGAGGAAGUUAAUACUUUAGAGAACAAGAUAUUCGAAACCUCAGAGCUCAUAGAAGAAUUUGUCAAUGAGUACGUCGAGAAAGAUGGCAUUGAUCCUCUUCAAAACACACUGAUAAAUUUUGAUGGUUCUGAAAUAAACAAGAUCAUUGAUACUAUUAAAGAAGAUCCUAACAAGAAAAUCAUCUAUGAAUUAUCUUCAAGAAGAGUUUUAGCUAAUUUUUUGGGUCUGGGUACUUCAGAAAAUGAUUAUAAUUUGAAACAAAUUGGUACUUUAUUAGAUUUUUCAUUUUAUAUUAGAAAAAUAGGUGAAAGUCUUUAUGAUAUGCCAUAUGAAUUGAUUAAAGGCGUUCUCAAGGAAGGUCUGGUUGAUUGGUUAUUGAAGUUCUGGAGCUAUUUUGACUUGAGAAUUGAAGAAAUUAAACGCACAAAAGAUAAUGAAACAUUGGUAUGUUUAAGACAUCCUGGAUCUUCUUUACUUAUAACAAUCAAUUUAAGAAUUAAUCAACUUUAUGGUAAUCAUGAACCAUCAAGAGACAUUCUUAAAGCUAAACUAUUAGGAUUUACUUCAAAAAUCUUCCCUGCUUUUGACAAAUCUUUAAUUAAUAAGAAUUUUGAAUUUAACCAAGCACAUUUGAACACAGUUCAAUAUCAAAAAGUUUACAAAAAUCACGCAUUCAAUGCCUUUUGGGAACUUCAAAGAGCCUUUGCAAACCCUAGUGGUAUACUGGUAUCAGAUAGAACCAUGUCAGAAUUUAUGAGUAAUGCUUCUCUUGUUUAUAAAAAAAUUUAUGAUGCCGAAGAGAGAGCAAAUGAUGGCCCUUUGUUUGUGGUGGGAAAGAAAAAUUAUCCAACUAAUACCGAUAAGAAUGAUUACAAUAAUUCAAUUGAAAACUAUACAAAGGCACAUUUAACUGAAGCUAAAAGACAAGAAUUACAAGAUUUUUAUUCAAAUAGAGAUUAUAAUAUGAGUUUUUUAGUUAAUGAAAAAAAAUUUAAUGAACAAAUUAGAAAUGAUCAAACUUUUAGAAAAACUUUCUUGAUUCAAUUAAUAAUAGUAUUGGGUUUUUUUUCAAAUUUAGAUGAUGCUAGAGUUCUGGAUGAUGCUAGAGCUUCAUUCAAUUUAAGAAAAGCUGCUAGAGUUGCUACACCAUAUCUUUAUGACAUACGUAAUCUGAGAAGAGAGGCUAAUAAUAUUUUCAAUGCAUUAGAUAAAAGAGAAUUUUUUGGUAAUCAAAUGUUGAUCAGUUCUGAAUUCACAUUUUUUCAAGCUAAACUGAAACAAUUUAGAAAUGUUGAAACCAUUUAUAAUGAAGUUCAAUUAGAUGAUGAAUUAUAUGAUAAAUUGAAACAAGAGGGUGCUUUCAAGAAAAGGUUUUGGGCUUUGUAUGGUAAUGCUCAAAUAAGUUCACAUUGGAAAAUACCGACAGGUUUAUCAUUAUUAGAAAAAGAUACAUCUAAAAACACUCGUGAAGAGAAGGAUAAGAACUUGGAAAUUUUAAGAGAAACAAUCAAAUCCACAGAAGAUCAAGAUUUGAAAGAUGUUGUUUCAUGGAAAGCUCUGAGAUUAUCAAGACAAAAUCAUCUGUUUGAUUUCAAACAUGUCAAUGGAUCCAUAGGUUUAGAAGGUUUAUAUGAUCAUUCACUGAAAGAAGCUGAUGACAUUAAAAGAAAAGAAGAAACGGAAAAAUUGGAAAAGGAAGAAGAAGAAGAAUUAGCAGCAUAUGCAAAGAAAGUUCAAGAUGAAAAAGCUGAACUAGAAAGAAAACGUAAAGCAAGUGAAGAUGAGUUUGCAGAACAAAGUAAAAGAGCUAAACUGGACUCUGCCAAUGGCUCAAAAGAUGCAGAAGAUCUGGACUAUUGA